AGAUGAGAUCGAGAAGGAACAGGAGAAGGCCGAAUAGUACUGUCCCUGGGAGGAUUAGUAAGCGAGCGGAGAAGGAGAGAGGGAGGGUCACUCAGAUUAGGAAGAUGAAAGGGAGUUAUAGUAGAAGGAGAAGGAUAUUAGAGACGACCCACUCAAGUCAAUUUCAGACGUCAAGUGUUGGAGAGUCUAUUGGGUUGAAGAAUCCAAAGUUUCUGAGAAGUCAGCAUAAUAUCAGCCAAAAUUUUGAGUUCCAGAAUUUAAAGCAAAUCAAAUCGAUGAAUCAUAGUCCUAUUAAGCAGAAUAAUUUUAUGCCUAAUUCUACACAAUCUGCAUUCAGCUCAAGCAAAGGAUUUACAAACUUUGAAAAAAAACAAUACUUGAACUAUUCCACUAUCAACACCACAAAAUACAAAAACAUUGCUAAUAACUCGACUAUUUCUGCUUUCACACAUAAAGAAAAUAUGGAGAGCAAGCAAUCUCUAUCAAAACUUACUCAAUCUCGGCCAAAGAGCAAGAAGGACACUAUCUCUCAUGCCAAGCUAGCCUUCCUCAUCCAAAACAGAGGAAGAGAUAUUAAGAAUGCUUAUAAAGAGCUCAGCAAGAUCAAUUCCCUAAACGAUGACUCCAAUAUGAAAUAAGAUUCCAAACAAUAAGGAAUCCAAGAUCAGUAUUGGGCACCACCCUUCAACAUUUUGUAUAAAUAUUUUCCAAAAGACGUCACCCUUGACGAUCCAUAUGGAAAUAUCUCCAUGUACUAAACUUGAGAUCCAGUGCAUUCCGAGCAGCGCCAAUGUUUCAUGCCAAGUGAAGCCUAAUAAGAUCAUAAUUGAGGAAAAAGGGCCUGUUUUCAGCUGAAAAGUAGUCAUUUUUGUCAUCAUCUCCGAGAUAAACUGAUUCGUCCUGCUAAACCCAGUGUUUGCAAAGGAAGUUAUUCAGGAGCAGACUGAUAAUUUCCUUGUUGAUAAUGCUAACCUUGAUACUAAAUAAAUGGAAUUACACCGCAAGUGAUAAGCUGAAUGAUAAAAUCGAGUCUAUUGUCUGUGAUGAUCGAGAUGUAAGCAAUCUCAAAAGAGAGAUUCAUAAUAUCAGACAACGUAGAGCCAGAAUGCAGCAAGAUGAUGCAGAGAAUUACCUUGAAAUUAACAAGGUCCAAUUGCUUAACCAUUGUGCUCUUGAAACUCAUAAAAGAGAUAAUAUGCCCAAAGUGCAAGCUCUAUUCUCUUUGAAAGCUAAGCUUAAGAAGGAAUUUAUUUGGAAAAGUUCCCAACAAAAGAAGAGAAAAAUGUUAAAUAGAUGGGAUGAGUAUAAAUAAAUCAAAGAUGGAAGAGAAGAAGAAAAAUAGACUACUUCAAAAGCUUUCAAGUUGGGUAAAAUCAUGGUUCCUACUUUACACUCGUCAUGAAAGCAUAAAAACUAUAUUCGGCAAAUUAAUGAAAAAGAAAAGGCAAGAUGAGUAUGCACGUAUUAAGUAUAUGGCUAUUGUCACUAUUUACCUUCGAAUAAGACAGUACAAAAAUAAAUUAGGAAGGACACUUGACCAAAGAAUUCAAGGCUAUGCGAAACAGACUAUCACUGCAGCCAGUAGCUUCUGUUCAAACUUUUAUCAAGAGAGAGCCAAAGAGGUUCUAUAUCAAUUCUUGAGUAAUCGUAACUCCCAGAUUCAAUUAAUGGAUAAAUUCAGGUUUCAUACUGAUGUUAUUACCCACCUCCAAAGAUCAGUCAGGAGCUUCAUCCAGCGGAAAAGGGUCAAAGUUCAUCAUAUCCUUAAGCUAAUAGACAUUGAGCUGAAGGAAUUCUUUUCGUGAGUGAAGAAAAAGAAGCCAAAACUUAACAAGAAGAAUAAAUAAAGUGGUAUUUGACUACUCAAAGGUUAGCGAUACGAAUAAACUUCGUGUGGUCUAUGACUACCUGAAGUUCAGAUAUAAUAUUUACGGAAUGAAGUUUUAUAAUUACUGGAAGAUACAACAUCCCAAUUUUGAUCCUUCUGAGAUGAUACAUGUACUAAAGAACCAGACCUUACAGCUACACCAGGAGCUGUUCCAUAGCUUCUCUGGACCAGAACUUGAGUAUAUUGAGGAAAUCAAGAUUAAGAAGAAAGUACCAAGCAAUGCAAGUCCUCAAAUGAAAGUUGUCACUAUUAUGAAAAAGAAAUAAAACUUUGAAGAAAAGCUCUCUUAAAAAGCCUCACAAAAUCAGAGAUGACCUAAGUGAGAAGCAGCAUUUACAUAAUCUGCUAGAAAAUUUAAUACACGAGUGUGAAGACCUGGCAAAGAGCAUAACAGCAAAGGCUAAUUUUGUCAUUAACCAACUCUCACAAAAACCAGAUCUACCAAAAUACGAAUACAUUCCUUCCAAACAAGAAGUACGGAUUCUGAUCCUACAAAUGAUAAGACGGCAGGCAAAAAUGAAGGAUUUAUUGAUGUUUUCCGGGUCUUAAACCCUUAAAAAUACAUCCAUAAAAGCAUUGAAUCUCAAUUUUCCCUCUAUUAGCCAUCCUCCAAUAAGAAGUGUACAAAUUUCCACCCUUAAGUCCUUAUACUAAGUCAUAAACACAGGGUUUACUAGUAAAA